UGUCAGAUCUGACGGUUCCUCUGGGCGUCUCAUUAGUUCUCAUGUCGUUGUGACGGAGGGAGGAGCAGAAACACUCGGAGCUUUUCUUCCCGCUGAGGAGAAUCUGUGACGACGGCUGCCAGAGAGAGAGAGCUCAGUUUCCACGGUGACGGCAUCCCUCCAUCCUCCUCCUCCUCCGUCCGGCUGCAGCGGCUCGUCGUCAGGAUGGGAGAUAAAGGAACCCGGGUGUUUAAGAAAGCCAGUCCCAAUGGAAAGCUCACCGUCUAUCUGGGGAAGAGGGACUUCGUGGACCAUGUGGACCUGGUAGAACCUGUCGACGGUGUCGUUCUGAUCGACCCAGAGUACCUGAAGGAGAGGAAAGUGUUCGUCACUCUGACCUGUGCCUUCCGUUACGGCCGCGAGGAUCUGGACGUCCUUGGCUUGACGUUCAGAAAAGAUCUGUUCGUGGCCAACAUCCAGGCGUUUCCUCCGCCGCCCGAAGAGAAGAAGAGUCUGACCCGCCUGCAGGAGCGUCUCAUCAAGAAGCUGGGAGAACACGCCUACCCGUUCACCUUCGAGAUUCCUCUGAACCUGCCGUGUUCGGUCACGCUGCAGCCGGGCCCGGAGGACACGGGGAAGGCCUGCGGAGUCGACUUCGAGGUGAAAGCUUUUUGUGCAGAAAAUGUUGAAGAAAAGAUCCACAAAAGGAACUCGGUGCGUCUGGUGAUCAGGAAGGUUCAGUACGCUCCAGAGAAAGCAGGUCCUCAGCCCACAGCAGAAACCACCAGACAGUUCCUGAUGUCGGACAAACCUCUACACCUGGAGGCCUCUCUGGACAAGGAGAUUUAUUACCACGGUGAGCCCAUCAGCGUCAACGUCCACGUCACCAACAACACCAACAAGACGGUGAAGAAGAUGAAGAUCUCAGUGCGACAGUACGCUGACAUCUGCCUGUUCAACACGGCUCAGUACAAAUGUCCCGUCGCCACCGAGGAGUCUGACGACAUGGUGGCUCCCAGCUCCACCUUCUGCAAGGUCUUCACUCUGACUCCAUUCCUGGCCAACAACCGGGAGAAACGAGGUCUGGCUCUGGAUGGGAAGCUGAAGCACGAAGACACCAACCUGGCGUCCAGCACCCUGUUGAGGGAAGGAGCCAACAAGGAGAUCCUCGGCAUCAUCGUGUCCUACAAGGUCAAAGUGAAGCUGGUGGUGUCACGAGGCGGGCUCCUGGGAGACCUGGCGGCCAGCGACGUCUCGGUGGAGCUUCCCUUCACGCUGAUGCACCCCAAGCCUCUGGAGGAAUCCAUUUACAGAGACGCUCCAGAUGAAGCUCCGAUCGACACAAACCUCAUCGAGUUCGACACACACGACGAUGACAUCAUCUUUGAGGACUUCGCCCGGCAGCGGCUGAUUGGUGCGAAAGACGACAAGGACGAAGACGAGGAGCCGGUGGAUUCGCCCAAACUGGACGACAGAUAGAGAUAAACGGCGGUGUUUAGCGUGGAGCUAACGGAGGUCAGCUUUAGGUCAGUCUGGACACCCUUCAACACUCGCUGGUGUUUGUGUUUCCUGUCCGUCCUCUGUGUCCUGAAUCCUCCGGGUGAAGCAGCUCUUCUUUGUUAGCCAGCUGGAACUCUGAACCGCGGCGUCGUAACGCCAGCUGGUAGCAUGCCUCUAGCGUCUCUUUGUUCUACGUGUUUCCAUUAGCGAUGAACAGGAGUCCAGUUGUGUUGAGAUUAGUUUCAAUAUUGUGUAUCAGAGGGUCUUCGUAACAACAACACUGCCAACUGAACAGUUCACCGUCGGAGCCACGACUUCAGCCGACCAGGAGGCUAACGGUCGGUCUGUAUGUUGAAGGAACAUACGUGUGAUAUGCAGGACACCCGAGCUGCCAGUAGAACCUCAAACCAUCAGCUGGGAGGACGCUGGCCUGUUUGCAUGGAAUACAUCAGUAUGAUUCAUCAAUAAUCAGCCUUUAUAGCAACGCCCUGAUUUUAAAGAGCAUCCGAGUGUUUGUUGUCUCAUGUUUUCAUCGUCAGUAUUCACGGUAAUCUUUCACAUCGUUCCUAUAAAAUGACAUAAACGGAAAAUGACAAAACAAGACAUACAACGGCAAAAAUGAGACACAAAACAACAGAAACGUGACAGAAAAUGACAAAACAAGACAUAAAACGACAAUAACGAGAUGACAAAAACUAGACACGACAAAAACGAGACACAUUGACAAAAACAACAGAAAGGUCAUCUGCAGGUUCUGCUGACAUGUUGUGGGAAACGUUCCAUGAAUAAUAACUAUUUAAAAUACUAUGUUGAUUUGAAAAGUGUUCCCACACUUACAAGAAACAUCAAUGAAAAAAUAAAACCAAAAAAGGAAAUUUAAAUUAGAUUCCAACUGUUUUAUUAGAGAUCCAGUUUAGUCAUCUUAGGGUAGGACAAGAGAAAAAUAACAUUUUAGGGGAACUCCUGAUUUAUUUGGUAUUUUCAAGAUAUUUUCAAACAUUCUUUUCUCCUAGUGGUUUUAGAUUUGGUCUCAGAACAAGAACAUUUACACAUCUAUUCCUUUUUGGUUGUUUUCAAACUGAUCACGUUUAUCGAUUAACAAAAAUCACUCCUUCAAUGAUCAGUUAUUCAGGAGGCUCAGUGCAAUUACUGAACCUUUAUUCUGAAAGCUAACCAGAGCAUCAGCUUCCUUCGGGUGACCAUUGUGCAGGUGUGUAAUGGUUUGUGUGAUGACAGAGGACCAGAACACCAACUGUAGUUUUUAUUUCCGAGUUUCAUUCCAGGAUCAGAAUGUCUCUAUGGGUUCUCCUCUUGUUCCAGCUAGUCGGAAUUUAAGAACCCAACUUGUAUAUUUCACUGCAUCUUUAAUAAAAGGACGUUUGUGGCCA